AUGGGCUCCGAACCAGGUUCAAUUACCAUGUUCGACUCUGAAAGGUCGGGCAAAGUACUUUCAAUAACAGGUACCGCUAGCGGCAUGGGCCUUCAAACUGCUAAGUUUCUUGCAUCGAAGGGAUGCAAGUUGUGUAUUGCCGACAUCCAAGAACGAGUGCUCAAGAAAGCCAAAGCUGACAUAGAAGCAAACAACGGUGCCGGGACAUGCAUUGCAGUCAAAACAGAUGUCCGCUCGCAGUCCCAAGUUGAUCCUGGAGAAGUCAAGCAUGGGAGACUUUUGGUCACAUUCAUUAUUGUUCGAACUUCGCUGCUGCUUACUGAAGACUGGCAAUUUGUGCUUGAUGUAAAUUUGACAGGCAUGACGAAUCGUCUGCGCGCGCAGAUACCGAAUCUCAAGAAUGGUGCCGCAAUUGUGAAUUUUGCCUCCGUAUCUGGCCAGCGAGCUGGUCCAGUCAACACGUUCAUGAUGCGCGAGACCGAUAAUACAGGCCACAUCGAUAUGAACUUUGCCAGCUUGCUGGCUUUGAACGGAGUCGGUGAAGUGCAAGAUUUUGCAAAUCUUAUCGAAUUCUUACUAUCUGACAAGAGCUGUUUCAUAACAGGCGGUACCAUCAGUAUUAACGGAGGCUGGAUCUAA